AUGCCGGGUAACAAGGUGUUGGAUCUUGAAGGUUGCAAGGGCUUGACUACCAGCCAUCUGGACAAAAUAUGCAAGAUGUUUCAUUUGAAGUUCUUGAGCCUGCGCAAGGCACACGUCAAGAAGCUCCCGUCAGACAUUGGAAAGCUGCAGUAUUUGGAAACGUUGGACAUAAGGGAGACCAAUGUGCAGGAGCUGCCACCAUCAGUUGCAGAUCUCAAACAAAUGGCACAUCUACUUGGGAUUGGGAUCUGCAAGAGCUCAGCUGGAGCACUUGCAGACAUGCACAAUCUCACCAAGCUGAAGAAGCUCAGCAUCUAUAACGUCAAAGACUUCGACAGCAAGAACCUGAGUCAUGAAUUGCUGUCUGCCAUCGAGUACCUAACUGGCUGUUCGCUCAAGUCUCUUGCAAUUGAUGAUGGUUUCACCGGAUUUCUUAAUCUGAUGGAUUCUCUAUCCACUCCAAAAUACAUCCACACACUCGAGCUUUCAGGCGAACUACCCAGAGUGCCUAAAUGGAUCAGUGAGCUACAAAACCUGGAGAAAUUGACUUUAUCAUUGACAUCACUGAGCACAGAUGCUUUGUUUAUCAUUGCCCAACUUCCCGUGCUCUUCUCCCUUGCGUUUUCGGUCAGUGCAGCAAGCCAGGACCACGGUGUCAUGGAGAUCCUGACGAAGAACACGAUGAAUUCAGGGGGGAAAAUCCUCAUCCCUUCUGACGGAUUUCACAGCCUCCAGCUGCUCCGUUUCUCGGCACCGUUACUGCCACUGCUAAGCUUCCUUGAUGGCGCGAUGCCGAAGCUACAGAGGCUGGAGCUGCGGUUUAGGAUCUUGGAAGGUGCUCAUGGUGUGGAAAACCUAGCUAGCCUCCAGCAGGUGCUUCUUAGAGUUAGCCAGCAAGCUCCUGAAACUACCAAGGUGCAGGUGUCUGAUAUCAGAAGUUCAGUCAGCUUGCAUCCCAACAGACCUACGGUGGUAGUUGAUGAAUACUACGGGUGA